ACCGCGGAGCCCCGGAUGGCGGCGGCGAGGCUCGUCUGGGUGGCGGCGGCGGCGGCGCUCCUGACUCUCACGGCGGCGGAGAACAAGACCUCUCCGGCCGAGGAAACCGCGGCUACGGCGGCGGCGCCGACGACGGCAUCCGGGUCCUCUUCCUCUUCGUCUUCUGGGCUGCUGGGCCUGCAUAUGCCGGCGCUUCACCGGGCGCUCUACGUCAUCGCCGGUGUGGCCGGCAUCGGCCUCCUCUACUACCUCGGGGGCCGAGCGCUGCGGACGAGGAAACCGCCGCGGAAAAAGUACGGGCUCCUUUCCAACUCGGAAGACCCCAUGGAGAUGGCCUCCCUCGAGAGCGACGAGGAUACCCUGUUUGAAACGCGGAAUCUGAGACGUAAGCUGCCUUGAGCGUGGGAUGGCGGCCUGCAAAUAAAAUUAUGUGAUGACAGGACCAACGGCCUGAAGUGCCCGGACGUGACCAGAGGAGGUGGAGAGCCCCCAUCGGAAGCCACUUUUAUCAAUUCCCUUUCUGUUGUUUCUUUUU